AUUACAUUUGCAUGUGAAUUUUGGCUAAACGUGCUCUUGUAGGUCGUGGACUUAGUUUGAGCAAGCAGAGAAGAAUGGAGACUUUUUGGAGGGCUGAAUAUUAGUAUUUUAAUUGCAUGCAAUGGCUGUUGUGUGGUGCUGGAUCAGUUGGCUGCACAAUUUUCGGUUGGGUUGACAGUGUUUAACAUGUCGAAUGUAGCUAAUUCAAAAUUUUCAUUGUUUUCCCCUUUGAUUUGCUAUUAUUGAAUUGUAUGGUUGUUAUUUAUUGCUUAUUUGUUUUAUAGCAUGUUUGGAUUGUUGCCUUGUAGCUUUUUUCACGGGGCAGCCUGAAGCAAACAUUAGUUGCUUCCGUGUCAAUCUUAUACAUUUGACUGUAAAUUUUGGCUAAACAUGCACUUGUAGACCCUGCACCAAACACAGGGUUAUGUUAGGUAGAAUUGAUUUUGAACAACUAAAUGUAAUUGGGAUGUGUGCACGAUUUAAUUAACUGCAGAUUUUAUAUUGGAACUUGUCACUGUCUGAGGAAUUGGUUAUCGGUGAUAGCCAAGCUAUUUUCUCUUUUGAUGUUAAUGUGUUUCUCAAAUUCUCAAUUUAGAAAUCGUUGUUAGUCUUUUGUAUCCAUUUAAUUGCUUUUUAGACUUGAAUAACCUUAUUCUGUAUUUGAAACCUGACUAGAGGUACUCUUGUUAACAAAAAUUCAUGUUUUAUUUGUCCUUUUUUUUUUCUUCCUUCUAAUUUUGCUACUUGCGUAACGGUAACGGUCAAUUGUAUGGGUUAAUGUGUUGAAGAAACCGCUGUUAUUCAGUCAUUGACUUUCAAAAGGAUUGGUUUAUGUGUAAUGUUAUCUACUUAUGGCUUUGAUAUCACAUUUGUGACCAGAGUACGUGUGUUAAAUAACUAGCAAUACUUAAAUUUACUGGAUGUAAUUCUCCAACGAAGGAUUUACUUGUUCCUUUACGAGAGAAGCAUCGAUAGAAUGGAAGCUUUUAGUUGGUUUUUGCAUACAAUAACACUUUCAUUAUUAGAAACAAUAGCACAUUGCUUCAAUUGCCAUGGGUAGCUGAAGUUGAACAAUUUUCAACUGCAAUGUUGUUGUUUUACCUAUGCUACUGUUGUUGAUUAUGGGUCAGGUGGCUGGGAUGCUCAAACCUUUACUUCCUGCUUUUGCUUUCCCUGCAACCUACUUUAAUUGAUACAUUGAGAAGUUAGUUGCAAUGCUGGCUUAAUUGGAUAUCUAGAUGUUCUUUAGUGUAUUUAAUUAUGUCUAUACUUGGGUUCUCUGAAAAUUAGUAAGUUUUAAUGGUAUACUUAUAAUCAAGUUAUCAAGGUUAAUCAACUUUUGUUUCUUCAUAUUAAAAACAUGUUAGCUAUGAUGUUUAAUGUGCAACUAUAUCAUUGGAGUACUAGAUUGUUCUCAAUUAUAAUUAUAACUAGCAAAGGAAUGUGUUUUUGCUUGAACACAAAGCUGGUGUUAAAUUGAACACUAAAUUGAUUUGAUAGUUUUUAUGGGUUUUAUGCAAGUGUUAUAGCUUCCUGAUUCCCUAUGGGAAGCUUGUUAUGGUUUGGACUUGGUGACCUAGCUUUUACUGGUAGUCAGUUUAUUCCCAGUUACAAGUUGAGAUUUCCGGGGAGUGUAGCUGAUUCUAUCUUCAGUGAGCUAGAUCAUAGGUAAACUAUUUCUGUCUUGUUAAGAAGAAAUGUUUAGAAAUUUGAUGUGAUAUGCACAUUAAGGUAUGUUUCUUUCAUUUUACAUGUUCCUGUUUUUUUUUUUUUUUUAAUACUGAAUAAACUAGGAGGCCGUCUAAUUAGUUCUGUGAAUAUGGUCAGCUUGUAAAAUCUCUUGAAACAAUAAAUGGGUUUAAAUACAAUUUUCAUCUGAAUAGUUUACGUCAAUUAGGGAUUAAAAAAACCAAAGUUUUAAACUAUAGGGACCAAAACUAUAACCGAGGUUAAACUAUAGGGACAACAAAUGUAUUUAUCCCGAGCUGACUUGACUAUAAUAGCAAGGUGUUUGUAAUUCCACAUGUCUCUGUCUCUUAUAUUUUUCUCAUCAUUUGCAGUCAAGGAUGUUUUAAAAUGCAAAGUUUUGUGCUUAAUAUCUAUGGGCUGCAUGGCUUAUUAAAUAGCUUAGCAAUAAGGUUUUUUGACUGAUUAGAGAGCCAUAUAUAUCAUCUGGAAUACUUUGAUUAUUUAAUAAUGGAUUUUUAGGGGCAACUAUUUUUUUCUCCAAAUUGUGAUUCUAUAACAAUUGAGGGCGAGCCAUGACGCAACGGUAAAUUACUCCCAAUAUCCCUACUAUGUGGGAGUCAUGUUCGUUUAGUUGUCUUUAAGCGACCAGUGUAGGGAUUUCUUUACUAUCCGAUAUAAAAAAAAAUGUUGGAGUUGGAGGUGAAGCGUUCAACAAGCACUAUUCAAAUGUGAAUUGUAUCUUUUGUUUCCUCUUGGUAUAUAUAAUCUUCUGAUGACAGUAUUUGCUUUACGUGAUUUUUAGGCACAUGAACUGUGUCUUUAAGGAAUGAUAAUUGUUUAGUUUACCAUGUAAAUUAUGACCCUCUUAUCACUACCAAAUCCUACAAAUUAAGAGUCUCCAUCCCAAGACUGCUUUUAUAUCUUCUAUGCUUUUCCUUUUGUAAUUGUCUAAAACUUGUACUAAGAUACCAUACAGUUUUUAUGCUUUUGUUCUCAAUGAUGUUACCUUUCUUGCUGGUUAAGAAUUCCAAUCCGUACCAGCUGCCUCUCAAUACUUUCUAUAAUUACGUGUUCAAUACGGUAACUGAUGCAUAAGUAAUUCUGCACUCCAACCGCAGUUCACAGACUUGCUAGAUCAGCAGUGGUCAUGGCUGGAACAUCCUCCAACAUCCCAACUGAGAUCAGAAGUGAUGAAGGGAUUGUUUCAACUGAAGCUUCUUUAGCUUCAGCAGCUAGUUCUCCUGUUACUUCUGCUGCUAUCUCUGCAAUACAAUCACCAACUUCAGCCUCAGUUGCAGGGAAAUGCCAUAUCAGUCAUUCGGCUCAAACCAAGAGAAAGUUAUUCAUGUAUGCUGAACCAGACAUAGAAGAUUAUGGCAAUUUGCUGAGUACUGGGAAGAAAUCAAGAGCAGAUGACACAUUACUGCACACGUUUAGGAACAGGAGGGGUUUAUCAGUCACUGAUGUUACCCAUACAGAAUGGUGUGAUAUGAAAAUGGAGUUUUCUCUUUACUUCAAUGAAUCCAAGAACAGUGAAAGUAAGCCCCGUGAGAACCAAAAGCAAAUUGAUUUGGAUCCUUUUUAUGAAAGAGGAAGGAGGGGCAACGAAGCUAUCAAAGCCGGUGUGGAUCGACAUGUUCAACUUCGACAAGAGGUUCUAUCACCAGUGAAAGUGAAGGUAAAGUCACUUGAAGAUGAUAUGGCAGUGAAGCUUGUUAAUUUCAUAAAUGGCGUGAAUCAAUUGCUCAGUGAAGAAUUAACACGUGAGCUUCCAAUAGUGAGCUUUGCUUUUGCACAAGGCAUAUGGAUGGUGGGGAAGAUCGAUGAGGUUCGAAUGCCUAAGGAAGAAAGUGGUCAUAAACCUAUACUGGUUGAAACAAAGACUCGUUUCCACGAUACAGUUCCUUCUGAACCUCAGAAAAGAAAUGGAAGGAUUCAGUUAAUGUGUUACAAGUACUUGUGGGACAAUUUAGUUGCUCAUGCUAAUCAUGAUUUCCCAUCCAAACAGUUAUUUGAUUAUUUUGAGUUAAAUCCUCAACAUGCUCUAAGUGAGGAUCUACGAGCUGUAUGUGCUGACUUUGAAAUCUCGGCACUGACCCUUGAGGAUGUGGUGAUGUGUUACCAAAAUACAUGUAAGAAGCUGUCACCUGCCCAUGAUCAGCUUGUUUUGAAAUAUGAAUCUCAGAAGGAUCGGUCAGUGCUGGAUGAAGAAAAAGUUAAAUAUAAUGAAGGCUGGAUAAAAAGUCAAAUCCAGAAUUGUCUCGAGUUUUGGCUUGGACAGCGAGAAGCCAGUUAUGUUGCUGAGGAAGAGCAAUGGAAAUGUGGGUUCUGCAAUUUUCGUUCUGAGUGUCCUGCAUACACUGAUACUGAGAGUGAGAGCGGAGAAUACUUUUCAUUCGAUUCCUCGAGUGAGUAGAAAGAAAUGUAUGUGGUGCUUUGUCAAAAGCAACAAGUCUAAAGCAGACUAGACGUGCCUCGGACAAGUAUCGUACAAUAUAAUAUAAUUUAGAGAAUAGAUAGUAAUGCAAAGUUUAAUGCUAUAAUUUUAUGAUAUCUACCAUCAAUCAAAAUUCUGUACUAAUAUUCUAUAUA